UUCGUUGACAUCCUUUUCGGACGGGCUGUGAAACGUUUGUCUACUUGUCGUUGUGUGAGUUGAGCAACGUGGAUAUCUGUAGUAGUGAGUAGAAACGAGUCGCAGCUUUGUCAUAGAAUUUCGUCACUUGAUUUUUUUUCUGGCCCUCCCCUCAAUGGUGCGUAGCCAAGGCCUCGUACUGGAACAAAAGAAUCUCAUUUGAAAUAUAACCCAGUUGAAAUAUCUUUAGUCAAAGCUUUAGUCAAUCUGUAGACACUGUCCACAACGCACUGUUUCCCGUUUUUUUUUCGUGUUUUGUUCAACUAACCCGUUUGUCGACACAUCAAAGAAACACGAGCACAACAUGAAAGAAGAAAUCGAAGCUGCGGCACUUUUCCUUACACAGCUGGUGUCCCAAUCCAGCCAGCUAGCCAACAUUUCUGAAGACAGACUACAGACUUUUAAGAGUCAUCUGGUUAGGCUGUUUGAGGAGAGGUUCCAUGAUCAUUGGUUUCCUGAAAGACCUCAAAGAGGCCAGGGCUUCCGUUGCAUCAGAAUAAAUGGAGGUAGCAGGCCUGAUCCUCUCAUCCAAAAAGCUGCCUUAGAGACUGGUAUUGAGUACUGUGAUCUGAAGCUGCCGGUGGAGUUCACCAUGUGGGUAGACCCAAGAGAGGUCUCUUGCAGAUUUGGCGAGCAUGAAGGAUCCUACUGCACCGUGGCAUCGUUUGGAAAGGAAACGGGCACCAAGGCCAUUGCCGACAGCGCGUUAAGGCCUCUGCAAGUCGUGACCGACAGUGACAGGGGUUUGGCUGUACCCCAACAACAUAGUCCUCGACGAAACACUAGCCAUCGAAGCAGAGUAUCUCCGUCGCCGUUGAGUCCACCGCGUGUUGUCCAACAGCAGCAGCAGCAACAGCAGUACCGACUCAAUUGUUUUUACCCCAACUACGAACCGUCGCACAAGGGCUGGUACCCCGUGACUGCAACCUCUUCCUAUAGUUCCUUGUCACCUCCACCGCCGAUGGCCCUUAACUAUCACGCACCCAAAUCUCGCUACGUCCAACAACAGCACCCAUGGGGCCUUUACGUCCCUGCCGUCCGUUACCUCAACAACUGGCCAAUGGGGCAGAUGGUUAAGGUCUGAGGUAGAAAGAAUUUACAGAAAAAGAAAGGCUCAUCGUUCAAAAAAGGACAACAUACAAAAAGAAAGUUCCAAACCCUGUCAACCCUUGCCUUUGAUCUGUCAUUCCUUUUUUUCUCUUUUCAAACUAGUACCUCCACAAUAUUUGAUUUUUGUUUGUGAUAAGUUCCUUUUCAGCUCCCGGUUUUCUUUUUCGAUUUUAAAGGGGGUGUUUUUUUCCGUCCUACAGGUUAUUCUUCUCACUCCCUUUGUUUGUUUUCGUUUUUUUUUUUCUUGCCAUUCUACUUCGCGUGCCCCCCUUCGACGAGUCACUGGCGAUUACACCUCAGCGUGCAA